CUUGACUACAUUGCUUAUUCAUUGCAACUCAUUUCAUGUAUGUUUUCAUGGAAAACAAGGACAUUUCUCAGUGACCCCAAUCUUUUGAACGGUAGUGUACACUGUCAACUGUGGGACCUUAAAUAGACAGGUGUGUGCCUUUUCUAAAUCAUGCCCAGUCAAUUGAAUUUACCACAGGUGGACUCCAAUCAAGUUCUAGAAUCAUCUCCAAGGAUGAUCAAUGGAAACAGGAUGCUUAAGAACACCCAUGCCAAUAUAUCCUCCGAACAGCAGCUUCUCGGGUGUUAGCACUUAAUAUGCAUCUUAAUAUAAUUUUUGUAACUUGUGUGUUUACGCCGCUACUGUUUAUUUCUAAGACAACACUAUAGCAGCCUCCUACUGUAUAAGGAUUACAAAUACUCAUUGAUAUCCAUAUCAAUAAUACAAUUGUCAUGCGUGCACUUCGAUUCAAUCAUAUAAAUUAGAUGAACGUAAUAGUUAGUUUGGAACGAUAUUGUUUCCAGUAUAGUUUGUUUAUAAUCAGUUUAACAACGCACCUUCAGUGGUGUGACAUGGAAUGUUACUUGUGAAAUGUAUGCAGUUAACUGGUAAUAUGUCUGGCAAAGCCAAACAGUUACUUUACUUAUGUUGCCUUAGUUUUAUAUUGAUUGUAUUCCCUCUGAGACAUGGUGUUUACGUUUCCUUUUUUAUUUUGUAAAAAGGUGGCUGUAAUUGAAGAUUUGUGUUAAAUUAAACGUGUCGUGUCAUAUUUAUGUACACAGCUGCAAAGCACACAUGGUGAGAUUUCAAUCCGUACACACAUUUUUCUAUAAAGAUAGGAACUAGUGUGGUGUGGUCGGUAUUUCUUGCCGAAUUCAGUUUAGCUGCUCACGUUGGUCGAAUGGAUGUCUGGGAAAUGAUUGAAUGAAAAUAACUAAAGCCAGUUAUUUUUUUUGCAAUUGGAGCGUAUGAAUUAUGCUGUAAUAAAAGUGAAAGGCAAGACUCAAACUGGAAACUAUCGUAGCUUAUUCAUCAUAGGUGCUGAGGGCUUGCAGGAUGUAUGCCGUAUACCGCCAAGCCCACUCCCCCACCGCCAUCGAGUUCUCUGUCUACUGUAACUUCAUCUCCAACGUGGAGAAAAACCUGGUCGUCGCUGGAACGUCUCAGCUUUACGUCUACAGGAUCAUUCACGAUGUGGAGAAUGCCUCAAAGACAGACAAAUCACCAGAUGCCAAGAGUCGUAAGGAGAAGCUUGAGCAGGUGGCUUGUUUCUCUUUGUUCGGUAACGUCAUGUCCAUGGCCUCUGUUCAACUAGUAGGAGCCAACAGAGACGCUCUCCUGCUUAGCUUCAAAGAUGCUAAGCUGUCAGUGGUGGAGUAUGAUCCAGGAACACAUGAUCUGAAGACUCUCUCGCUUCACUUCUUUGAGGAGCCAGAGCUGAGGGAUGGGUUUGUCCAGAACCUGCACAUCCCCAUGGUCCGUGUGGACCCAGAGAACCGCUGUGCUGUGAUGCUGGUGUAUGGAACUCAGCUGGUGGUGCUGCCAUUCAGAAAGGACACACUUACUGACGAACAGGAGGGAGUAGUGGAAGGGCCCAAGUCGAGCUUUCUUCCCAGCUACAUCAUAGAUGUCCGGGAGUUGGAUGAGAAGCUUCUGAACAUCGUAGAUAUGAAGUUCCUCCACGGUUAUUAUGAGCCCACAUUGCUCAUCCUGUAUGAGCCCAAUCAGACGUGGCCUGGUCGUGUAGCAGUGAGACAGGACACCUGCAGUAUCGUAGCCAUCUCUCUCAACAUCAUGCAGAAGGUUCAUCCUGUCAUCUGGUCCCUCAGCAACCUGCCCUUUGACUGCACACAGGUCAUGGCUGUGCCCAAGCCCAUCGGUGGUGUCGUGGUGUUUGCUGUCAACUCCCUGUUAUACCUCAACCAGAGUGUUCCUCCAUAUGGAGUGUCACUCAACACACAGACCACAGGGACCACUGCCUUCCCCCUGCGUAUACAGGAGGAGGUGAAAAUCACUCUAGAUUGUUCCCAGUCCUCCUUCAUCGGCUCUGACAAGAUGGUAAUCUCUCUGAAAGGAGGAGAGAUCUAUGUGUUGACCCUGAUCACUGAUGGCAUGAGGAGUGUCCGGGCCUUCCACUUGGACAAGGCUGCUGCCAGCGUCCUCACCACCUGUAUGAUGACCAUGGAGCCUGGGUAUCUGUUCCUGGGGUCCCGGCUGGGAAACAGCCUCUUGCUGAAAUACACAGAGAAGUACCAGGAGAAUCCAGAGAAACCACCAGCGGAGGAGGACAAAGAGAAGGAAGAGGAGACCGAUGAGGAGAAGCAGGAGGAACCUCCUAGUAAAAAGAAGAGGGGUGAUUCCUCUACCAAGUUGACAGCUGGUAAGAACCAACUGCCUGAUGAGGUGGAUGAAAUUGAGGUGUACGGGAGCGAGGCGGCGUCUGGCACACAGUUGGCCACUUACUCCUUUGAGGUGUGUGACAGCAUACUGAACAUCGGACCUUGUGCUGGUGCGUCCAUGGGGGAGCCAGCCUUCCUCUCUGAAGAGUUCCAGACCAACCCAGAACCUGACCUGGAGAUAGUGGUGUGUUCUGGCUUUGGGAAGAAUGGAGGUCUGUCUGUGCUUCAGAGAAGCAUCCGACCCCAGGUGGUCACCACCUUUGAGCUGCCAGGUUGCCAUGACAUGUGGACUGUCAUCUCCAAUGAGGUCAAGGAGAAAGUCAAGGAGAAAGUCAAAGAUAAAGACAAGCCCCCUGCAGCUGAGGGAGAAGGUGAGACCCCUGAGGAAGAAGAGGAGAAGACGGAGCCUGCGCCAGUGGAGGAUGAUAAGAAAAAACAUGGCUUCCUGAUUCUCAGCAGAGAGGACUCCACCAUGAUCCUGCAGACGGGCCAGGAGAUCAUGGAGCUGGACACCAGUGGUUUUGCCACCCAGGGGCCCACUGUGUUCGCUGGGAACAUCGGAGACAACAAAUACAUCAUCCAGGUCUCGCCCAUGGGCAUACGGCUACUGGAAGGAGUGACCCAGCUGCACUUCAUCCCGGUGGACCUGGGUUCUCCCAUAGUGCAGUGCUCCGUAGCGGACCCCUAUGUGGUCAUCAUGACGGCCGACGGAGUGGUCACCAUGUUCGUCCUGAAGACCGACUCCUACAUGGGCAAGACCCACCGCCUGGCCCUGCAGAAACCACAGAUAGCUGCGCAACCCCGUGUGAUCACGCUGUGUGCCUUCCGUGACGUCAGCGGGAUGUUCACCACAGAGAACAAGCAGACCUGUCACACUGAGGAUCAAGACAGCAUGUUCAAGAGCCAAUCAGAGACCGAGACCAUUCUACAGGACCUCAGUAACACAGUGGAUGAUGAGGAGGAGAUGUUGUAUGGAGACUGUAACCCAGCAGGCAUCACCCCCACCAAAGACGAGUCCCACCCCGGCUACCGCCUCUCCUCUGGGGCCCUGGGUGGGGGGUCCGAGGGGAGGUUGGGACGAGCUGAACCCACACACUGGUGCAUGAUGGUCCGCGAGAACGGUGUCAUGGAGAUCUACCAGCUACCUGACUGGAGACUGGUGUUCCUGGUCAAGAACUUCCCUGUUGGCCAGAGAGUGUUGGUUGACAGCUCCGCCGGCCAAUCAGCAGCCCAGGGGGAGGGGAAAAAGGAGGAAGUGACACGACAGGGGGAGAUCCCAUUGGUCAAAGAGGUGGCCCUGGUGUCGCUCGGCAACAACCACUGCAGACCCUACCUGCUGGUCCAUGUUGAACAGGAGCUUCUGAUAUAUGAAGCGUUCCCAUAUGACCAGCAGCAGGCUCAGAGCAACCUGAAGGUCCGCUUCAAGAAGAUGCCCCACAACAUCAACUUCCGGGAGAAGAAGUCGAAGGUGAAGAAAGAUAAGAAGGCGGAGGGUCAGGCUGGUCUCAGCGAGGAGGGGCCAACGGUGGUCAAAGGUCGCGUGGCCAGGUUCAGAUACUUUGAGGAUAUCUCAGGCUACUCUGGGGUGUUCAUCUGUGGCCCCUCCCCUCACUGGAUGCUGGUGACAUCACGGGGGGCGAUGAGGCUCCACCCCAUGACGAUCGACGGACCAAUCGAGUCCUUCUCCCCCUUCCACAACAUCAACUGCCCUAAAGGUUUCCUCUACUUCAACAAGCAGGGCGAGCUGAGGAUCAGUGUUCUACCCACGUACCUGUCGUAUGACGCCCCCUGGCCAGUCAGGAAGAUUCCUCUGAGGUGCACCGUUCACUAUGUGUCCUACCAUGUAGAGUCCAAGGUGUAUGCAGUGUGCACCAGCGUGAAGGACCCCUGCACUCGCAUCCCCAGAAUGACCGGAGAGGAGAAGGAGUUUGAGACCAUAGACAGAGACGAACGCUACAUUCCUCCUCAGCAGGAGAAUUUCUCCAUUCAGCUCAUAUCUCCUGUCAGCUGGGAGGCCAUCCCUAACACACGGAUUGACCUGGAGGAGUGGGAACAUGUGACGUGUAUGAAGACUGUGGCGUUGAGGAGUCAGGAGACGGUGUCUGGGCUGAAGGGAUAUAUAGCUGCCGGGACUUGUCUCAUGCAGGGGGAGGAGGUCACCUGUAGGGGCCGGAUUCUGAUCCUGGAUGUGAUUGAGGUGGUCCCGGAACCGGGUCAGCCCCUGACGAAGAACAAAUUCAAGGUUCUGUAUGAGAAGGAGCAGAAGGGACCGGUCACAGCUCUGUGUCACUGCAGCGGAUACUUGGUCUCUGCCAUCGGACAGAAGAUCUUUCUGUGGAGUCUGAAGGACAAUGACCUGACAGGCAUGGCCUUCAUCGACACCCAGCUUUACAUCCACCAGAUGUUUAGCAUCAAGAACUUUAUCCUGGCAGCUGACGUCAUGAAGAGCAUCUCUCUGCUCAGAUACCAGCCUGAGAGUAAGACGUUGUCGCUAAUUAGCAGGGACGCCAAGCCUCUGGAGGUCUACAGCGUAGAGUUUAUGGUGGAUAACAACCAGCUGGGAUUCCUGGUGUCAGACCGAGACCAGAAUCUGUCGGUGUACAUGUAUCUGCCUGAAGCUAAGGAGAGUUUCGGAGGCAUGCGUCUGCUGAGGAGGGCGGACUUCAACGUGGGAGCUCAUGUCAACGCCUUCUGGAGGAUGCCCUGUCGAGGGGCACUGGACACAGCCACCAAGAAGACCCUGGCCUGGGACAACAAACACAUCACAUGGUUUGCAACUCUGGAUGGAGGCCUCGGGCUGCUGCUGCCCAUGCAGGAGAAGACCUACCGCAGAUUGCUGAUGUUGCAAAACGCUCUUACCACAAUGCUGCCACACCACGCAGGAUUAAACCCCAAGGCAUUCAGGAUGUUGCAUGCUGACCGGCGGCAGCUCCAGAACGCGGUGCGGAACAUUCUGGAUGGAGAGCUGCUCAACAAGUACCUGUACCUCAGCACCAUGGAGCGUAGUGAGUUGGCCAAGAAGAUUGGCACCACCUCUGAUAUAGUCUUGGAUGAUCUUCUUGAAGUUGACAGGGUGACUGCUCAUUUCUGAGAGCAGCAUCCUUGACCACGCCCCCUCAGCAUGUGAGACCCAGGGUCUUCCCCCAUUUUUUAUAUUAAAUGAAAAGGAGGCUUUUUGGUAUCUAUUUUCUGUACGUAAACGUGAAUUUUGUUUAAUCAUGUUUCUUAUGAAUAUUUUUUCAACAAAAUAUGAUAAAUUCGGGAUUGUAUGGGUCUUUAUAAAAUGUUCUAAUCAUUUUGGCAUUCUAGGCUCAAGAAUUUCAGAUCCGCACAUGUAACUCACAAAUCUGUCAUGGACAUCAUUUACACAAGUGCCAAAGAAAUCCAAGGGGAGGUGGGGCACUUUAUUUAGUUGACAAACUCUUACCUUUUAUAUUUAUGAAAGUCAUUUAUUCAGCAGCGUAAGCUUUUGUUUUCGCAGUUGGAGCAUUUUAUACAUUAGAUUGAGCGACGCACCCAAUAUUUCCUUAAAAUGAACAUUAAUGACUUUCACUGCAGCUAUGCAGUUUAGUCAUAUGUGCUAUUAUCCACGUAAUGCAACAUAAGGUUAACCCUCCUGCUGUGUUCUGGUCAAAUUGGACCCAUUUACAAGUUCCAUGACUUUGUCCACACAAAAUACAUUGAUUUUCAUUAAAUUUGGGGUGUUAACUUUUGUACACCUGUGGUGUUCCCGGUCAAAAAUGACCGGUCCUAAAAUGGAGUUAUGCACAUGCCCAUUCAUCAGAUGGACACUCUUCCAGACCCCCGCAUGUGUUUGAGCACUCACCUGCUUGGCUUCCACAGGAACCAUACCUGUUGGCCUUCUCAUAAUCGCAACAUUGUUUCAAUAAUAUAUAGACCUUUUCUCACAGUUCUGGUAUAUGACACUUUUGAGGCCUUGCUCACACUUCAUUGUGGCAGCACAAUGACCAAAUUAUAUGGUGAGGACAGUCAGUCCUUGUUAAAAAGCACUUUCAUCCAAGUAUGUUAUAAUCCAUACAUGCUUUUUUUUACUCAAAUGAGCUCAGUUCAAUGAAGCCUACAGGCCAUAAAUAGCAAAUAGAAGCUUAACUUGUUAGAUUGUUUAUAAUGGUGUGGUCAUUUUGGACCGGGAACACAACAGAAGGGUUAAAAUGCCUGAAUGUGCUCAGUGCCUAAACAUCAGUCAAUGAAGGAGCAAUCAGAUAUGAAUCGUAACUGGUCACAGCAGGAAUCUUACCUCAAAGGAAUCACUUUCAGGCUGUUUACCUCCACAUACUGCCGUGAAAUAAAGGUCAAAUAAAAUAAA